UCAAUAUCUUUCUUAAGGGAAAAAACUUCUUUCAUCAAGAAAAUGCGAAGUUUUAUUUUAUGAACUCAUAAUUAUCUGCCACAUGUAUUAACUCAUAUUUCACGUUUUCUAAAUCUCUGUAUGUAAGAAAUGAUGUUUGCCGUGUGUGUAUAUGUUUUAUGUAACUUUGAGAAGAUUAUCUAUGCUCUAAUUGUAGGAAUCAACUAAACUAAAUCUCGAGUUCAAUGUAUAUACGUGUUUCUUGAAUCGAAAAUAUCGUGAUCGUAGUAGGGUUUCUUCCCUCUCCAAAACUCUAUCAAAUAAAUAUCCUAUCAUUUCUUUGUUUUUUUAUUGUUUUACCCAAAUUUUUUCUUUUUAAGUUUGCAUAUGUAUGUAUAUAUAUCUCAACCCAUUCCAAACCAGCAAAGAACAUCCAAAAACAGAACAAUGGUUUCCCAAGGCAGCAAUAGUGCGUCUUCGUAUCCUAUCAAAACCAUAGUGAUAUUGGUCCAAGAAAACCGCUCAUUCGAUCACAUGCUAGGCUGGUUCAAGUCCCUAAACCCUGAAAUCGAUGGCGUAACCGGAUCCGAAUCCAACCCCAUUUCCACAUCCGACCCGAACUCACCCAUGGUCUUCUUCAAAGACAAUUCCGAGUACGUAGACCCUGACCCUGCUCACUCCAUCCAAGCCAUUUACGAGCAAGUAUUCGGCCAGCCUUGGAGCUCUGACCUCCCUAACCCACCUCAUGAACCCACAAUGAAUGGGUUCGCUCAAAACGCUGAGAGGACCGAAAAGGGAAUGGCAGAGGCAGUGAUGAAAGGGUUUAAACCUGAUGCGGUGCCUGUUUACAAAGAGCUGGCGUCCAAGUUCGGAAUAUGUGACCGGUGGUUCGCGUCGGUGCCAUCUUCAACGCAACCGAACCGGAUGUUUGUGCAUUCAGCUACAUCGUAUGGACAGACGAGCAAUGACGCAAUAAAGCUGAUCAAAGGGUUUCCUCAAAAGACAAUAUUCGAGUCAUUGGAUGAAAGUGGUUUUAGUUUUGGGAUAUAUUAUCAAUACCCUCCCUCCACCUUGUUCUUCAGGAACCUUAGACAAAUGAAGUACUUAAAAAACUUUCAUCAAUUUGAUCUGCACUUCAAGAAACAUUGUGAAGAAGGGAAGCUUCCAAAUUACGUGGUCGUCGAACAACGAUACUUUGACCUCUUGUCGGUGCCUGCGAACGACGAUCAUCCGUCCCAUGAUGUCUCAGAAGGACAAAAAUUUGUUAAGGAAGUAUACGAGGCACUACGAAGUAGCCCCCAGUGGAGAGAAAUGUUGUUGGUAAUCACAUAUGAUGAACAUGGUGGAUUUUAUGACCAUGUUCCAACACCUACAACUGGGGUCCCUAGCCCUGAUGAUAUUGUUGGUCCUGAGCCUUAUCAUUUCAGGUUUGAUAGGCUUGGUGUUAGGGUUCCUACAUUUUUUGUUUCUCCAUGGAUUGAACCUGGAACAGUGAUACAUAGGCCUUCAGGCCCAUAUCCUACUUCAGAAUUUGAGCAUUCAUCAAUUCCUGCAACUGUCAAAAAGAUUUUCAACCUGAAAGAGUUCCUAACAAAGCGUGAUGCUUGGGCUGCUACUUUUGAAGGUGUUAUAAACAGGAAGAACCCAAGAGUAGAUUGUCCUGUUACAUUUCCCGAACCGGUGAACAUGAGACCUACUGAAGCAAAAGAGACGGUAAAAUUAAGUGAUUUCCAAAAAGAAUUAGUACAAAUGGCAGCAGUGUUGAAUGGAGACCAUAAAAGUGGCAUGUAUCCACACAAACUUGUGGAGAAGAUGACAGUUGCAGAGGCUGCCAAGUAUGUGAAUGGUGCUUUCGAUAAGUUCUGUGAUGAAUGCCAAAGGGGAGGGAUCCAUGAAUCUGAGAUGGUUGAAUUAGGAAAACAAGUUGAAAGGCCAAAAGGCAGAUCUUUUAUUGACAAGUUUUUUAAAUGUCUUGUCUGCCAUGAUUGAAAUCUUUACAGUUUUAGGGCUUAUGUUUGGAUAAAAUAUUUUUAUAUUUACUCAUUCGUUUUAAUAAAUUUAUGGAAUCCAUCCAUCCUCUUUCAAAAUCAAUUACACAAAA